GGUAGCAUUAGCAUUACAAUAUCAGAAUUGUUGACGCGAUUCCAGUCAAGAGACACGAUGCAUGAGAUGCCUGGUACACCUAGUUGCAAGUUUCAAGAGGGCGAACGCGUUUUAUGCUUCCAUGGUCCACUAAUUUAUGAAGCUAAGUGCUUAAAAACAAAUAUUACAAAAGAAAAACAAGUAAAAUAUCUUAUACAUUAUGCCGGAUGGAAUAAAAACUGGGACGAGUGGGUUCCUGAAAGUAGGGUUUUGAAAUAUAAUGAAAUAAAUGUUCAGCGUCAGAAAGACGUUCAGAGAGCUCACGCUGCUCAACAAAUUGCACAGAAGGGAAAGAAAUCCAGUGCACUGUCUAAAGUAAGUUUAAAAAAUCGUGAAAUAGGCAAAGAUAAAGAUUCAGAGAGUAGAUCUAGUACUCCGACUCUCACAAACGAGAGGCUAAGUAAUCGCUAUCAAAAAAAUGGUGGUUCUGUUACGCCAACUUCUAAUGAUUCAUCAUCAGAAGGACCAAGAAGAAAACGCAGCCGCAUUGAUCCUACAGUAGAAACAGAAGAACAAUUUUUAUCUAAAGUUGAAAUUAAAGUUAAAAUUCCCGAUGAAUUAAAACCAUGGCUUGUUGAUGAUUGGGAUGCAAUUAGUAGGCAAAGAAAAUUAGUAAUUCUACCUGCAAGGCAUACGGUUGAUAAAAUUUUGGAUGAUUAUACAAAAUUUAAAACUUCGAGCAAAACUAAUACACCCAAUAAGGAGGUUGCCCUUUCCGAAGUAACAAGAGGCCUUCGUGAAUAUUUCAAUGUUAUGCUUGGAACGCAGCUCUUGUACAGGUGGGAAAGACAACAAUAUGGAGAUAUAAUGAAUGAAAAAGUGAAUACACCUGCCAGUCAAAUAUAUGGAGCUUUUCAUUUAUUACGAUUAUUUGUGAAACUUGGAAGCAUGUUAUCAUAUACUCCAUUAGAUGAAAAAAGUAUACAAUUACUUCUUGCACAUAUUCAUGAUUUCUUAAGGUACAUGCAUAAAAAUAGUAGUGAUUAUUUUAGUCUUCAAGAUUUUGGAGCAGCACCCCCAGAAUAUCAUCGAAAGUGUAGUUGAAAAUAUUUAUAAAUAGGCACUACAAUUAUCAAU